UUUUAUUUUGGUCUGCCGCUGUGACGUCAUCAGGCUGCGCCGCGCUCCUGCAUCUGUUAUGAUUCGGCUGAGGAAAGACCUGAUGCCACUGAAAGAGGAGAAUCAAGAACUGAAUGACAUAAAAGAGCAACAUCAUGAUUUCAUAACUGGAAAAAAAUCCAAAAAGACUUCCUCAAUAAGGAGAGCCCAGAAAAAAUCUUACAGGUUUUGCACCUGCCAUCAGUGUGGAAAGAGUUUCAGUCGAAAACAAAACCUUGAAGACCACCUGAGAAUUCACACGGGAGAGAAACCUUACACCUGUCAACAAUGUGGAAAGAGUUUCAGUCAAAAAGGGAACCUUAAAAGCCACAUAAUAAUUCACACUGGAGAGAAGCGUUUCACCUGCCAACAGUGUGGAAACAGUUUCACUCAAAAGGUACACCUUAAAAAACACAUGAUAAUUCACACGGGAGAGAAGCCAUUCACAUGUGAUCAGUGUGGAAAGAGUUUCACGCAUAAAGACACCCUUGAUUCCCACAUGAGGAUUCACUCAAGAGAGGAUUGUUUAAUAUGUCAACAGUGUGGAAGACGUUUCGCUCAUAAAGUAAGCUUCAAGACUCACAUGAGAGUUCACACGGGAGAGGAGCCUUACGCAUGCUCUCAGUGUGGAAAGUGUUUCAGAUAUAAACCAUCCCUUGAUUCCCACAUGAGAGUUCACACUGGAGAAAACCCUCACACCUGCAAACUGUGUGGGAAGAGCUUUACACAGAAAGGAAAUCUUAAGACUCACAUGGACAUUCAUACUGGACAGAAGCCGUUCACCUGUGAUCAGUGUGGAAAAUGUUUCAGACGUAAAGUAACCCUUAAUGAACACAUGAAGAUUCACUUUAGGAGGUAACUGUUUUAGAUGUCACCAAAAAAUGUUAAUUUUCUGUAAAUUUACCUACCUUCAGGCCUUUUCAAAAUAUGUGAACUAGAUUGCCAUGUAGUUUUUAAAUGUUGCCUGUGAGCUAAACAAAGAAUGUACAAACAAACUCACCUGAUCCAAGUAUUGACAAUAAACACCCUUUCAAAAUAAAAACCAUUUUAGGAUUAAGAA